AUGGCAACCACAGCCUUUCCUGAUCCGGCACAAUGCCAACAAAACUUUGAACAAGCCGUCGCCCUCUCGUUACAUCUCUGGCCUGCCCUAACUCUCGCCGUACAGAAUGAAUGGGGCGGCCCUGAUUCAGCCGACAAGCGCGACUGGUUCGCCGGCGCAAUCGCCGAUCUCUUCCCUGAUGUCUCCCGCCUGACGCCGGCGCAGCUCGAGCAGAAGCUGGUACAGCAGGCUCAGCUUUCCCCAGAACAACAAGCUUCAGCAACUGUCAAUGGAGUCAAGGUCGAUGAACCCGACCAGGAAGAUGUCGAAGCCGUCUUGCUGCAGGUGAUGCUGGACGAAUUCGAGGUCGCCGUGGAGGACGACUCGGCGUAUGAAGUGGCUGAACAAGUGGUUAAGUUGCGCAAGGAGUGCUUGCGCGGCAAGUUUGAUGGUGUAGAGGCACUGAGGAUAAAGUGGGAGGCCAGGGGUAGCAGCAAGAACUGUGGGGCUGUGUUCCAGCAGGUGAAGAAUGAGGACGAUGAGGACGAGGACGACGAUGAUGAGGACGAAGAGACUCAGGAUGGCGAUGGGGAUGUUGAGAUGGAAGAGGCUCCUGAGCUGGUGGCGACCAAUGGCUCCCGGAGGGAGAGGCCUGAGCCAGUGGUGGACGAAGAUGGAUUUACGCUGGUGACCAGGAAGAAGCGGUAG